AUGUUUCCAGCUUACAACUUCAUUAUUAUCCAAGAGGAAACGUUUCAGGUAGAGAAGAUGUCUGAUGGACCAGGCUUGUACGCCAUCUGUAGAAACGUGUGCUCGGACGUGUUGCGCAGGGAGGCUACGACUGUAGGCGGAGAGGGCAUGGUGGUGCAAGUGGACGAGACGAUGAUCCCCGACCCAAGUAAAACCACAGGCGAAGUGAAGGUCCUGGUGGCUGUUGGGGGUGGAUGA